AUGGCUGACUUUGGACUACGUGCCCCUCAUGGGCCUGACAUGACGGGUACUCAUAGCCCUCUUGAGGAUAUGGAUCUUCAUGAGAAGGGUGCCUUCGACCGGCUUAUUCGUCCCGAUGACAGCUACACAGAAGAAGGCAUUUACUGGGCUGAUCUUCCACUUGGGAAGAAGAUCAAAUUCGUCAGCUCAUACGACACAGCAGAAGCCAAGAGAGAGCUCAGCUCCAUAUGGUCCAUGAUCAAGGAAGAUCCUCUCUCUCCCGUCUCAUACUACUUCCGCAAUAUGGUCCUCCCCGGUGCCGGUCUCGGUCUCGAAGGCUACGUGCUUUUCUCUAUCGGAAACAUCAAACCACUUUUCCAAUCGACUUUCCCGACCUGCUGGGACUCACAUGAAGUCUGUGAUAAACAAUGGUUGAACGCUGUGGAUUAUUUGGAAAUCAUUGGUAUUAUCUUCGGUCAGAUUUUGGUUGGUGUUAUUGGUGAUUGGCUCGGUCGCCGCUGGGGUUUGAUUCAGGACGCCACUAUCAUGUUUAUCGGUCUGAUCAUGUUGACUGCCGCUUGGGGUCUCACUCUGAAUGGCUGGGUCAUCUGCUAUGCGUGGUCACUAUUUUUCUACAGUGUUGGUGUUGGUGGCGAGUACCCGAUGACCGCUACCAGUGGUAUGGAGAAUGCUGUGGGCUCUGGGAAGCUCUCGACAAAGGAGGAUCGUCUCCACCGCGGCCGUAAGGUAACCAGUGCCUUCUUGAUGCAGGGUUGGGGCCAGUUCUUCAACCAGGUGAUCCUGAUCAUCCUGCUGUUGAUUUUCCACCACGGCAGCGGUAGCUACCCUUACUCUAAGGUGGCUGUCCAGUGGACCUACCGUAUCUCCUUUGCUAUCCCUGCUGUCGGCACCCUGUGGCUAGUUUACUACCGUGCCUAUCACAUGAAGGCCGCUAGUAAGCAGCUGGCUGCUGCCAAGAAGAAGGCAUCUGUUACUGGUUACGAUGUAGACUCUCUGCGCUUGACCUUCAAGUAUUUUGGCCCCCGUUUGAUUGCCACUGCUGGAGGCUGGUUCUGCAACGAUGUCUUCUUCUACGGAAACAAACUAUUCCAGAGUGAAUUUAUCAAGGUCAUUAGCCCUGCAUCUACCUCUGUGAUGCCUGGCUGGCUGUGGGGCUUGGUCAAUGUCGGUGUCUCACUAUGCGGCUACUAUAUGGCUUCCUUCUUCAUCGACAACAAGCUAUAUGGCCGUAAGUGGAUGCAGACUAUUGGUUUCUUGAUGGAUUUCAUUCUGUUUGUGGUCCCUGCCUUCCACUUCAAAUACUAUACCGAAGCAAGCCACAUCCACGCCUUCCAGGCCAUGUACUUCCUCAGUUCGUUUUUCAACCAGUUUGGCCCCAACUGCGUGUCCUUCCUGGUUGCUGCAGAGGUGUACCCAACCCCCAUCCGUGCUACUGCCCACGGUCUGUCGGCAGCAGCUGGCAAACUUGGUGCACUCCUAGCAUCUGUCCUAUACAAUUACAUCGACACACAGACUAAGUUCUACGUGGUCCCCUGGUUCGGCCUGGGCGGCGUCGUCCUGACUCUGGCUUUCCUGCCCGACACCACUGGCCUAGAUCUGAAGGAGCAAGAACGCCGCUGGCAGUGCCUGCGAGAAGGCCGAGAGGAUGAUUACCACGGAGCUGCCGUUCACCCCAAGCAUCUGUCAUGGUAUGAGCGCUAUAUCCUGCGCAAGGGUCGCUUCUACGACGCCGAGCUCGACUACCAACAGAAGGUUGAGGAGUACCGUAGUGAAUGGGAGGCAGCCAUGGCCCAGCGUAUCUCCGAGAAGGAUUCAAACACAGAGGAUUCUCCCGACACCGACGAGGAUCUUCUCGAAGGCCACGUGCACAGCUACUUCCACCGCACCAGCCCCAUGUUCAAGGGCAUGGAGGAGAGGCCUUCCUCGAAACAAAAAGAUACCUUCCGUCUCCCCCAGCUGCUGAGACAGAUGAGGAGGAUGAACAUAAAAAUGAACGUCACGACAAUUCUGCCACUACUAUCUCAAGUGCGAAGCAAGAUACAAUCUCCUCGGAAAAGAACCUAUCAUGAUCGAUACACAAAUAUAGCAUUUUAUCGGGGUUCAGUUUGUUUGCUUUUUUUGGGUCGCUUCUGGGAAGCCGGUUUAUAA